UUACAUUAUCCAAAGGCUGCCCUCUAAUGUAGGCGGAGUUUGAGAGAACUCUACAUUUAAGAGGCAAACAUCUAUUAAUUCCAGCACCGUGUGAGAACGUUGCAAGGGGACACGAUCGGUAACUUGGACCCCUCGGAUCCACGGACUGGUCAUUCACUUUAAACCGUUUACAAAUCCACCUGUUCAUUUAACAUUUAAAAAUGUUGAAAGUGACAUUCGGCCUCGCUCUGGUGACUCUGGUUGCUUGCUCGCAGUACCCCAACAAUGAAGUCUGUGAGGCAGGCCAGACAUGCUGCCAGGGUCCCACUGGAGAGUUCAGCUGCUGCCCUUUCCAUCACGGAGAGUGUUGUGAGGACCACCUGCACUGCUGUCCUGAAGGCAUGCUGUGCAGUGUUGUAAACUCCACGUGUAUAAACGCCACACAUACACUGCCAUUUGUGGAGAGGAUACCGGCUAAACGGACAGACCUUCCCAAAUCGCUCAGAAUGAUUCCCUCAUUACCUGCAAGUGAAGAUGACACCACCUGUCCUGAUGGCUCAUUCUGUCCUGCUGAGUUCUCCUGUCUGCUGAUGGCUUCAUCAUAUGGGUGUUGUCCCGUAGCACAGGGCCUUGUGUGCUCAGACGGGAAACACUGCUGCCCAAAAGACCAUGAAUGCAGUGCAGACAGCAGUUUGUGUGUCAAACUGAAAGAACCAGUCGAGACUGUUCUUUGUGGAAAUGGGACCUCAGAAUGUCCCAUGGACACCACAUGUUGUGAGACAGACGAUGGUCAGUGGGCAUGCUGCCCCAUGCCAAAGGCUGUAUGUUGUGAUGAUAAAAUCCACUGUUGUCCAGAGGACAGUGUCUGUGAUGUUGAAGGCUCCAAAUGCAUGUCCACCAAUCAGGAGCUGCCUAUGUGGGCCAAGUUCCCUGCUCGUCUUAGAGCUGAAUGGGAAGAUCACACACCUGCAGAAAUGAGGGCUGAAGCUGAACUCACUACAACCAGACAAAUCACUACUGCUGGCAUACAAAUGGCUACAUUGGCUGGUGCACUCCCAGAGACCUCUGAUGUUCCCUGCAAUGACACUGCAGCCUGUCCAGAUGGAACCACAUGCUGUAAGACUAAAGAAGGAGGAUGGGCCUGCUGUCCUCUGCCACAGGCCGUGUGUUGUGAUGACUUCAUCCACUGCUGUCCUCAUGGUACGACAUGUAACGUUGCUGCCGGGUCAUGUGACGAGUCUUCAGGCUCUGAGCCCUGGUUCGAGAAGCUGCCCGUUAAACCAAUCAGCAGUCAGAAUGUGGCUGUUACACAAGUGUUUUCAGUGCAUUCAAAUGUUUCCUGUGAUGACACCGCAUCCUGUCCAGAUGGAAACACAUGCUGUAAGACUCAAGAAGGAGGAUGGGCCUGCUGUCCUCUACCAGAGGCCAUGUGUUGUGAAGACUUCACCCACUGCUGUCCUCAUGGUAAGACAUGUAACGUUGCUCUUGGGACCUGUGAGGACCAUUCAUAUUCUGGUGUGCCCUGGAUGGAACAGGUGCCUGUGCAGCCAAUCAUCGGUCAGAAUAUUAGUGACACACAAAUCUCCGAUGUUCCCUGCAAUGACACUGCGGCCUGUCCAGAUGGAACCACAUGCUGUAAGACUAAAGAAGGAGGAUGGGCCUGCUGUCCUAUGCCACAGGCCGUGUGUUGUGAUGACUUCAUCCACUGCUGUCCUCGUGGUACGACAUGUAACGUUGCUGCCGGGUCAUGUGACAAGUCUUCAGGCUCUGAGCCCUGGUUCGAGAAGCUGCCCGUCAAACCAAUCAGCAGUCAGAAUGUGGCUGUUACACGGGUGUUUUCAGUGAAUUCAAAUGUUUCCUGUGAUGACACCGCAGCCUGUCGAGAUGGAAACACAUGCUGUAAGACUCAAGAAGGAGGAUGGGCCUGCUGUCCUCUACCAGAGGCCGUGUGUUGUGAUGACUUUAUCCACUGCUGUUCUCAUGGUACGGCAUGUAACGUUGCUGCCGGGUCAUGUGACGAGUCUUCGGGCUCUAAGCCUUGGCUGGAGAAGGUGCCUGCUCUCCCUAGAGCAGGUCAAAGGUCACCUGGGAACGUGAACUGCGACUCUAGACACGUUUGUCCUGACUCCAACACUUGCUGUGAGAACACCGAUGGAGACUGGAGCUGCUGUCCUUUGCCUGAGGCUGUAUGUUGCACAGAUGGUGAACACUGCUGUCCGGCUAACUAUAAGUGUGAUGUGACCAGGGUGUCUUGCAUCAAGGGAGAUGUGGUGAUCCCCUGGUACAAUAAAAUUUCUGCUCAAAGCACACCGGCUCCAAGCUUGGAUCUCGAUGCUGUUAAGUGUGACAAGCAGUCAAGUUGCUCUGCAGAUUCAACCUGCUUUUAUCUGUCCACGGGAGAAAGGGGCUGCUGCCCUCUUCCUGAGGCUGUUUGCUGCCCAGACCGGGAGCACUGCUGUCCCAAAGGCUACAAGUGUGAUCUGCGUAGACGCUCCUGCAUUAAAACCACCUGGCUGCAUGUGGAAAUAGUCCCACUUGCCCACAUUGGUGGCCAAACGCUACAGUCCAGUGUCUCAGAAAAGGACAUUCAGUGUGGAGGUGGAUAUAGUUGCAAAAACAGUGAGACCUGUUGUCCAACCUCCCAGUCCACCUGGGGCUGUUGCCCAUCUCCAAAGGCGGAGUGCUGUGAUGAUAUGAAACACUGCUGCCCUGCUGGAUACAAAUGUGGCGAGGGUGGAAUUUGUACUUCAGCCUUAAGCUUUGACUGGAAGAGCUGGAAAAACUGGAGGGUGUUCUUCUCCAAAAAGAAACGAGCUAGUACUCUGUAAAAAAAACAACAACAAAACACCUGUGUUGUUCCCACUCAGUGGCGUAAAUGGCCAACACUCCCUAAAGUGUCAUAUUUUUAAAAAUGUUACAUUUAUCAAAGUACUAAUCAGAAACAGUCAGACAUUUUUAUUUGCAGGAGAAAGUUUCAUUAGGGCUGAAUGUGAUGGUUACUAUCUGUUCCCAUUGUCUAUCAGUAAUACCAGCUACAUAUUAUCCACUGAGCCAUUUUACACUCUACAUUUACACUUAUACUGUCCAUUUUAAGAAUGGGUCAUUAUAAGUGUACACUGUUCUUAAUUUUUGAUGGUUUCCAGUGUUUUGGUUACUGCUCAGUUUAUCUGAAGAAUAAGUUGACUAUGGAAUGAUGAACAGAUGAAACACAUAUUGAAGCAUAGAGGACCUCUAGUGGCUGGAUUUAAUUCACACGUCUGUCAUUAUAACUUGCCAUGUACAAAUAUCACAGGCCUCUAUGGUUUACAGGUUACAUUUUUUCAGACUUGACAUAACAUGAUCUUGUGUCUUGUGAUUAUGACCACAUUGCCCUGGACAAGGAAACACAAUAAAUUGAUAUCUUCAGAUAACAAA